CACUUCCGGCCAAGUUCCACCCUUUUGAGCAUUUGUUUAUUGUUCUGCCGUCCGCCGCCAAUGUAACGAGGGCCUUACUGCAACAGCUGAGUUGGAGCUCGCUCAGACGUCUGGAGUAAGAUUCUCUCUUCAGAGAGAGCUCGGCCCCGGAACCCGCAUGUAGGAAUCGCUCAACUGCAAACAACCACCGCAUCUGAGCCUGAAGCCCUCCUAGUAUUGAUGUCCAGCUUGUCCGCCUUCAAUCGCACAUUCUUUGCCAGGCCAGUUGCCCAGAGGUAUGAAAGAAGACCUGCCACCUUCAUUCUCUUAGUCCCCCAGCACUGUCUUUCUAUUAGCUUCUCCUAAAUCUUCCAGCUCGGCAUCCUCUUUUCCUCUCUUCAGAAGCAACCUGCAUACAGCAGCGUCUCAAUCGGACAACUGCCAAAGUGUGCCAGCAGGGCACACCGUACAUCUUCCAGCUGCGCAGCGCCGGCAGAUGCUUGAGCUGACUGCCUGAUCCCUGCCAAGGGCUUUUUGAAAAGCGGCUUGCUCCGAGCGCCAACAGGGUGCAAGAGAUGUCGUCUGAUGCAGACACCACCUCCAGCGAAGGGGAGGGACAAGACGUUCAAAACGCAGAGUAUGACGAGAAGUCCUCUGAUGGCAGUGAUCAGGGAGAGUCGUUGCACGAGUUGUCAUUGACCAGGUCAGCUUGCUUGAAAAGAGGGGCCCAGGUAGCAUGCACCUGCUGAUACUCAGGUCAGGGGCUUGACAAAGUAGCUUCUGCUUCGUUCUGCACUUGUAAAUGGCAUCAGGCGUCAAUUAUCCAACACAUCAAGGACUCGGAUCUGGAUGGAUGCAUUUCUUCGUCGCAGUCCCUCAUUUGGGAAGAGGGUGAGAUGUCGGCGGGCCUGAAUGGAGACCACAACGACGGCAGCCUUGCACAACUGAGCCAAGACGUGGGGGACAUGUCGCUCUCGCCUGGCCGUUUUCAGCGCCAUGCUAAGCGGCAAAAAGUCCUCCUCAACAGCACAAGUUCUUCCAACGGUGGGACUGCUAGCUCUGAAGCCGGCCAGUCUGCGGAAGGGGGUGGUCCAGUCCUUUCACCUCUGCAGCCGUCACUGCUUACAGUGCCUCAGGUCUCUCUGAUCCCUGAUGCGCUUGCUCGUCAAACACUUCUGCGCAGCGAGUUUGAAGCAAGGCAACGGAAAAUGCGAGAAGAGUUCUCCAACCACCUUCAGGCGCCAUCUCAAGUCGCUCUGGAGGAUCACAAGCUUCCGUGCACACAGCAAGUUCAGGUUGCAAUUUCUUCUCCGGUUGUGGCACAGAUCAAGUCUCCUAUGUCUGUGGGCCUUCAGCGGGAGGAGGAUGCUUGGACAUGUCCUGCAAUGUCGACGCACCCCAAGCUUGUCGUCACUGGCAACCUGCCUAGCCAGCCUCCUGCGGACAUCUGUCUGGCUGCUGCGCAACGUCUGUUCGACUUGGGUGUAGCGUCUGUCACGCUUCACAUCAACACCGAAAUGAAGGACGGUAAAGAGAAGAAGUUCCCCCAGUUUUCCGCCGGCUGGAAGGGCUGCACUCUCGACAACUGCCUUUCAGACUUCGUCCGCCCAGGAGCACCGUGCCUCGCAAUCAUCACGGGCAGCCAGUCGGACGUUCUCGUUCUCGACAUUGACAUGAAAGACAACGGCUUGAAGGCAUUUGAGGAAAUGGUCACCGCCCAUGGUGCGCUGCCAAAAGACACUCCCAGAGAGAGGACGGGCAACGGCGGUCUGCAUCUCUUCUCCAGCCUUUCAGAGUCGAGCGCAGCGGGGUUGCUGAACUGCAACAACAGGGAAAAGAUUUCGUGUGGGGGGUGCCAAGUGGGGAUCGAUGUGCGCGGCAAUGGGGGCAUCUGCUUCAUUUCGCCCAGCAAGUACAUAGGGCGGGAUGGAGAGACAGUGAGAGCUUACCGGUGGGAGUAG